AUGAAGGCCGCCGCGAUCUUGAUCCUGGCGACUGCAUUCGCGGCCCCGCUCGCGGCCGCUGAGGAGGUCAGCCCGGUCGGGAAGGUGCUUCAGCUCCUUUCCGACUUGCAGGGGAAGAUUGUCGGUGAGGGAGAGAAGUCGCAGAAGGUCUUCGAGGAGUUCUCCGAGUGGUGCGAGGAGCGCAGCAAGCAUCUUGCGUUUGACAUCAAGACGGGAGAGAUGGAGUCCGCGCAGCUGAAGGCCACCAUCUCGGAGGAGGUUGCUCUGACCGCGUCGCUGACCGCGAAGGCCGAGAAGUUGGCGUCCGAGAUCGCCACCGACCAGGCGGACUUGAAGGCAAGCACUUACAUCCGCGAGAAAGAGUCCGCGGAAUUCCUGUCGGAGAAAGCAGAACUCACGGAGAUCAUCGACACGCUCGAGAGGGCCAUCGGCCUCCUGGAGAAGCACGGCGCAUCCAUGCUGCAGCUCCAGUCGGCCGGCACCGUGGCUGGCGCCCUCGCCGUGAUGGUCAAGGCCGCCAUGUUCAGCGCCGCUGACGCCGAAAGGCUGAACUCCUUCGUGCAGCAGGGUUCCGAGGACGGCGGCGACAACAUGGGCGCACCGUCGGCCGCCGUCUACGAGGGGCACUCUGCCGGCAUUGUCGCGACCCUGACCGACCUCCUCGAGAAGGCCCAGGCGCAGCUUCAGGCUGCCAUGGGCACCGAGACGGGGAACCUGCACGCGUUCCAGCAGCUGAAGCAGUCGAUCGAGGACGAGAUCGCCUACGGCGAGAAGGAGCUGGCGGAGACCAAGGCGGGGAUUGCGGCGAGCGGCGAGAAGAAGGCCAAGGCGGACGGAGACCUCUCGAGCACGUCCGAGGAUCUCAGCGUGGAUGUGAAGACCAAGGCCGACCUGCAUCAGAACUGCAUGACCAAGGCUCAGGAGUUUGAGGCGGAGGUGAAGUCUCGCAGCGAGGAGCUGAAGGCCUUGGCCGAGGCAAAGAAGGCCUUGGUGGACAACACUGGAGCUGCUGACUCCCUCUCCUACGGUCUCAACCAGGUCUCUCUGCUCCAGAAGCUCAGCUCCAGCGUCGACCUUGCCCACUUCGAGGCCGUGCGCUUCAUCAGGGACCUUGCGCGCAAGCAGAACUCCAAGUCCCUGGCGCAGCUCGCCUCCCGGAUGGCCACGGCGAUGCGGCUGAGCUCCGGCGGGGCCGACCCGUUCUCGAAGGUGAAGGGCCUCAUCCAGACAUGA